GGCCCCGCAGGUGAGCAGGGACAGCGAGGGGACCGCGGCGAGAAGGGCGAGAAGGGCGCCCCCGGCCCCCGGGGCAGGGAUGGGGAGCCCGGAACUCCAGGAAAUCCCGGCCCCCCCGGGCCCCCCCGGACCCCCGGGACCCCCCGGCCUGGGUGGGAACUUCGCGGCUCAGAUGGCCGGGGGCUUCGACGAGAAGGCUGGAGGGGCUCAGAUGGGCGUCAUGCAGGGACCCAUGGGCCCCAUGGGACCCCGCGGCCCCCCCGGCCCCCAGGGCGCUCGUGGCUUCCCUGGGACCCCCGGACUGCCUGGAGUCAAAGGCCACCGGGGCUACCCCGGCCUGGACGGCGCCAAGGGAGAGGCGGGAGCACCUGGAGCCAAGGGCGAGUCCGGCUCCCCGGGCGAGAACGGCUCCCCCGGCCCCAUGGGUCCCCGCGGGCUGCCCGGAGAGCGAGGACGCCCGGGCCCCUCGGGCGCUGCGGGCGCUCGUGGCAACGACGGCCUCCCGGGCCCGGCCGGACCCCCCGGCCCCGUCGGCCCCGCAGGAGCCCCCGGCUUCCCCGGCGCCCCCGGCUCCAAGGGUGAAGCGGGUCCCACCGGAGCGCGAGGACCCGAGGGUGCCCAGGGGCCCCGCGGGGAAUCCGGGACCCCCGGCUCGCCCGGUCCCGCCGGCGCACCCGGGAACCCAGGGACCGAUGGCAUCCCCGGAGCGAAGGGAUCGGCGGGCGCUCCAGGCAUCGCCGGCGCUCCAGGAUUCCCCGGCCCCCGCGGCCCACCCGGACCCCAGGGAGCCACCGGCCCGCUGGGCCCCAAGGGACAGACGGGCGAGCCCGGCAUCGCGGGAUUCAAAGGCGAGCAGGGACCCAAGGGAGAGACGGGCCCCGCAGGACCCCAGGGUGCCCGACCGGCCGGGGAGGAAGGGAAGAGAGGAGCCCGCGGAGAACCCGGAGCUGCCGGACCUUUGGGGCCGCCUGGAGAGAGGGGAGCUCCUGGCAACCGCGGCUUCCCCGGGCAGGACGGGCUGGCCGGCCCCAAGGGGGCCCCGGGCGAGCGCGGCCCCGCUGGCCUGGCCGGCCCCAAAGGAGCCACCGGCGACCCCGGACGCCCCGGAGAGCCCGGCCUGCCUGGAGCCAGGGGUCUCACAGGUCGCCCCGGGGACGCUGGGCCCCAAGGCAAAGUCGGCCCCACAGGUGCCCCCGGCGAGGACGGACGCCCCGGACCCCCCGGCCCCCAGGGGGCUCGGGGCCAACCUGGCGUUAUGGGGUUCCCUGGUCCCAAAGGUGCCAAUGGCGAGCCUGGAAAAGCCGGUGAAAAAGGACUUCCUGGAGCACCGGGGCUGAGGGGACUUCCUGGCAAGGACGGAGAGACCGGAGCCGCCGGACCCCCAGGGCCUGCUGGCCCGGCAGGGGAGAGGGGAGAGCAAGGAGCCCCCGGCCCCUCUGGCUUCCAGGGGCUGCCAGGGCCACCAGGUCCCCCCGGUGAGAGCGGCAAACCCGGAGAUCAGGGCGUUCCUGGAGAAGCCGGAGCCCCCGGGCUUGUGGGUCCCAGGGGCGAGCGCGGCUUCCCCGGCGAGCGCGGCUCUCCCGGCGCCCAGGGCCUGCAGGGGCCCCGCGGCCUCCCCGGCACCCCCGGCACCGACGGACCCAAGGGUGCCACCGGCCCCGCCGGCCCCAACGGCGCCCAGGGACCCCCGGGGCUGCAGGGGAUGCCCGGGGAGAGAGGAGCCGCCGGCAUCGCCGGUCCCAAGGGGGACAGGGGAGACGUUGGAGAGAAGGGACCCGAGGGAGCCCCCGGAAAGGACGGAGCUCGCGGUCUGACCGGUCCCAUCGGCCCCCCUGGCCCCGCUGGCCCCAACGGCGAGAAGGGCGAGUCUGGCCCCCCCGGCCCGUCCGGAGCCGCCGGUGCCCGCGGUGCCCCGGGAGAGCGCGGAGAGCCCGGAGCCCCCGGCCCUGCCGGAUUCGCCGGACCCCCGGGCGCCGAUGGCCAGCCCGGAGCCAAGGGCGAGCAGGGGGAGCCCGGCCAGAAGGGUGACGCCGGAGCCCCCGGACCUCAGGGUCCCUCCGGGGCUCCUGGACCGCAGGGUCCCACAGGUGUCACCGGUCCCAAAGGAGCCCGGGGCGCUCAGGGACCCCCGGGAGCCACCGGAUUCCCCGGAGCCGCCGGACGCGUCGGACCCCCCGGCCCCAACGGUAACCCCGGCCCGCCCGGACCCCCCGGCUCCGCGGGCAAGGACGGCCCCAAGGGCGCCCGGGGCGACGCGGGACCCCCGGGCCGAGCGGGGGACCCGGGGCUGCAGGGCCCCGCCGGCCCCCCCGGCGAGAAGGGCGAGCCCGGCGAGGACGGCCCCGCGGGUCCGGACGGUCCCCCCGGUCCCCAGGGGCUGGCAGGACAGCGCGGCAUCGUGGGGCUGCCGGGGCAGCGCGGCGAGCGCGGAUUCCCGGGGCUGCCCGGACCUUCGGGAGAGCCUGGAAAACAGGGAGCACCUGGAUCUGCCGGUGACCGGGGACCCCCCGGGCCCGUGGGACCCCCCGGGCUGACGGGGCCGGCCGGAGAGCCCGGAAGGGAGGGAAAUCCCGGCUCUGAUGGACCCCCAGGCAGGGAUGGGGCAGCCGGAGUGAAGGGCGAUCGUGGCGAGACCGGCCCCGUGGGUGCUCCCGGCGCUCCCGGCGCUCCCGGCGCUCCUGGCCCUGUGGGACCCACUGGAAAACAGGGAGACAGAGGAGAGACGGGUGCUCAGGGUCCCAUGGGUCCCUCCGGCCCCGCUGGCGCCCGGGGGAUGCCGGGUCCCCAGGGGCCGCGCGGUGACAAAGGCGAGGCGGGCGAGGCUGGCGAGCGCGGCCUGAAGGGGCACCGGGGCUUCACCGGGCUCCAGGGGCUGCCCGGGCCCCCCGGUCCUUCUGGAGACCAGGGCGCUGCCGGGCCUGCGGGUCCCUCCGGGCCAAGGGGUCCCCCCGGCCCCGUGGGCCCCUCGGGCAAGGACGGCUCCAAUGGGAUGCCCGGACCCAUCGGCCCCCCUGGGCCCCGCGGGAGGAGCGGCGAGCCCGGCCCGGCGGGCCCCCCCGGGAACCCCGGCCCGCCCGGUCCCCCCGGGCCCCCCGGCACCGGCAUCGACAUGUCGGCGUUCGCGGGGCUGGGGCAGCCCGAGAAGGGCCCCGACCCCGGGCGCUACAUGCGGGCAGACGAGGCGGCGCCGGGGCUGCGGCCGCACGACGCCGAGGUGGACGCCACCCUCAAGGCCCUCAACAACCAGAUCGAGAGCAUCCGCAGCCCCGAGGGCUCCCGCAAGAACCCGGCCAGGACCUGCCGAGACAUCAAACUCUGCCACCCCGACUGGAAGAGCGGCGAUUACUGGAUCGACCCCAACCAGGGCUGCACGCUGGACGCCAUCAAGGUCUUCUGCAACAUGGCCACGGGGGAGACGUGCGUGUACCCCAGCCCCGGCAGCAUCCCCAGGAAGAACUGGUGGAGCAGCAAAGCCAAGGAGAAGAAGCACGUCUGGUUCGCCGAGACCAUCAACGGCGGCUUCCACUUCAGCUACGGCGCUGAGGACCUGGCGCCCAACACGGCCAACAUCCAGAUGACCUUCCUGAGGCUGCUGUCCACCGAGGGCUCCCAGAACGUCACCUACCACUGCCGCAACAGCGUGGCCUACCUGGACGAGGAGUCGGGCAGCCUGAGGAAGGCGCUGCUCAUCCAGGGCUCCAACGACGUCGAGAUCCGCGCCGAGGGCAACAGCAGGUUCACCUACAGCGUGCUGGAGGACGGCUGCACGAAACACACUGGGAAGUGGGGCAGGACUGUCAUCGAGUACCGCUCGCAGAAGACCUCGCGCCUGCCCAUCGUGGACAUUGCACCUAUGGACAUUGGGGGACCCGAGCAGGAGUUUGGGGUCGACCUCGGCCCCGUCUGCUUCUUGUAAAAAAAAAAAAAAAAGGAUUUUUUUUUUUUGGUGUGGUUGUUUGGUUUUGGUUGUCGUGGUUUUUGUUUGUCGGUUUGGUUUUUUUGGUUGUUUUUUUUUUUUUUUUAA